AUGCAUCCCAGACGUCCCGCCAGCCCGUCCAAAUCCCUCGAACCUUCACCCAUGGCCGACAUCAGCCUCUCCCUCCGCACAGCCUUCAUGGAUAACACACACUACCGUCGCGAGAGCGACUCUCUAUCCACCAGCGCCCUCAGUUCCGCCAGCGGCAGUCCCACCUCCUCACCAACCUCCGGCUGGCCCUUUCGCAAGCACCGAUUCUCAGGCUCUCACACCACCGAGCCCAGUAGUCGGGAUCGCAGCCGAAGUCCGUUUGCCAACAUCAUUCCAUUCUCUUUCCGUCGCUCCUCCCCAUUUUUCUUGCGUCGACGGCCGUCCGCCGUGGAUUUGGCGUUGAGUGAGGAACGAUCACGCUGUGAUGAGGAUGCUAUUGAGCGAGUGGGGUUGAGCAUGAUGGAACCCCGUCCUGUAGAUCCAAUCCCUAUUGCAAUGGAUUUGAAUACCAACUUGCUUAGUGAUAUGGCGAGUCAGCGAAGUUCUUAUACCCCGUCGUCUCAGGGCUCGAUUCGUGGAGGCUCGCAACAUCCUCGAUAUGUGAUGGGCGGUAUUAUUGAAGUCAUGGAGGGGAGUGCUUAA